CUGGUUCUUAUGUAGUUCCAUAUGAGAGGGGCGAGGAUCAUGGGACGUCCCUUGUUUUCUCCUGAUUCUUGAAGCUGGUCCAUAGUUGUUUUGCUAGGUAACUGCUAACCUUAUCUUUGUGUGCCCAACCAACUCUUGACCCCGUUCUGCCCUGGGCUUGAAAACCUACUCGGCUUGUUUUAUCGCAGAGAGAGCUAUUUUCAGGAGUCGCGAGCUCCACGACCCCAAAAACCUUUUCUUGUGGAGGCCGUUUCUUGGAUAGUUACUUUCUAGCCCUGUUUGUGGCUGUUUCGGCGAAUCUGAGCGGCCUGAAACUCGAGGCCCCGCAUUCUUGCUUUCACAGCCAACUUCAUCGCUACUUUCUUUUGUGUCAGUUGCGCCUCGUCUACGCCAUAGAAUUAGAGAUCAUUAUCGCAGCUCUCCAUCAUGGCAGCUCUCGAUGUCAAUGGCCCCUUGCCCGAGCUGGCUGAGCAGCAGCCGGACGAUCUCAUCCCUGAGUCUCGGGUUCUCAUCAUCAUGACAGGUGGUACAAUCUGUAUGCGACAGUCCCCAUCAGGAUUCAUUCCUGCCAGAGGAUUCCAGGAGCAAUGUCUGGCCCGGGUACCGACCUUCAACGAUGGUUCGCAUCCGAGCAUGAUGGAUGUGGUGGUCAACUCAGCCGGAGAGAUCAAAGGACAUCCCGCUCUCCGCACACCACCGACUGCCUAUGGGCGACGGGUGCGGUACACUGUCUUCGAGUUCGAAGAGCUCCUCGAUAGCAGUUCUAUCGAUGCGAAAGGUUGGGCCCAGAUCGCUCACACCGUUGAACGAAACUACACACUUUUCGAUGGCUUCGUUGUCCUCCACGGAACAGACAGUCUCGCAUACACAUGCUCGGCGCUCAGCUUCAUGCUGCAGAAUCUCGGAAAGCCCGUCAUCCUGACUGGAGCGCAAGCGCCCAUGCUGGAGUUGCAGAAUGAUGCCACCGAUAACCUUCUCGGAUCACUGGUUGUGGCUGGCCAUUUCAUGAUCCCCGAAGUGUGUCUGUAUUUCAACAACCGACUGUUCCGUGGCAACCGGUCGAUCAAGGUCGCAGCCAGUGAUUUCGCUGCCUUUGACUCGCCGAACUGCCCCCCGCUGGCGGUGACAACCUCCAUGCGGACCAACGUGAACUGGGAGCUGGUCAACCGACCGAAGAGCCUGGAACACUUCCGUAUCCAAACCAACCUCGACACCACCCACGUGGCGUGUCUGCGUAUCUUCCCUGGUAUCAAGCCGGAGAUGGUCGACGCCGUACUGAAGCUGGAAGGGCUCCGUGGUUUAGUGUUGGAGACGUUUGGCGCCGGUAACGCACCCAGUGGUCAAGACAAUGCCAUGACCAAUGUAUUGGCCGCCGCUAUCAAGCGAGGAAUCGUGAUCGUGAACGUCACGCAAUGCCUGACGGGAAGCGUCAGCCCCGUCUAUGCCCCAGGCAUGAGUCUCUCUCGUGCGGGAGUCGUCGCCGGACUCGACCUGACCACCGAAGCCGCACUAACCAAGAUGUCAUAUCUCCUUGCUCUUCCGGAUUCCACCCCAGAAUGGGUCGCGAAGAAAAUGUCCGUAUCUCUUCGUGGCGAAUUGACCGAGGUAUCGCAGCCAGUGUUCCGUCAUCCGGACGGGGCGCUCCCUGAGCGCGUUCAGUCCCUCACGGUGCUCGGAUACGCCAUUGCGCAGGGUGAUCUCGAGCGCGUGGAGGAGAUUGUGGCCCGAGAACACCAAUGGUUAUUGAAUGACGCCGACUACUCGGGCAACACACCUAUUCACCUGGCAGCAACUUCACCCUCAGUUGAGAUUCUCCGAUACUUGCUGCUCCAGGGUGGCUCCGUGCACUUGCGAAACCGCAAUGGUCGGACGCCGCUGUUCCUGGCGGCCAACGCAGGAUUCACGGAGCACGUGCUGCUGCUACGCAAGUCUGGAGCGCAUUUGCAUUCUGAUGAACGCACGGCGGCGCAGUUGUUGGCCCGGCGCCGACCUGGCGUCUGGGGGUUGGCAGGGAUUGGGCCGCGUGAGGUGAGUGAGCGCGAGAUGGAGGAACUGGAGGACUCAAGUGAUUCUAUAGGACGUAUGGCACAGCGAGUGAUGGCAGGAUCGGCGCCUUGA